AUGCUGGCGUGCGGCGCUUUUGGCGCCGACUGCUCCAUCUGCAUGUGCCCGCACGACGCCUCCGACGCGGUGCGUGUGCUGCCCUGCCGGUUCUCUCGCUCCGACGCCUGUCCCAACUGCAAGAGCAGCGUCUGCCUCGAGGCCGACGGCGGGGACGACGGCGAGGGCGACGCCGCCCUCGCUGCAGGCGUGGGCUUGCGGGGCGAGUGA